AUCAUGAACGUCAACAUGAAAUAUAUAAUAUAUUGUUUGUAAUUUUUGGACAACACAUUAUGUUGGUUUAUAAAACCUGCUUCAAGUACACAAGUGAUUGACAAUUGAUUUGUGAUUUUCAAAACGAUUUUGUGAAAAAAUGGAAUCUGCAUAUAGAACUCUUUCAAAAAACCCACGCCAAUCAGCAAGUUGGAUAUCAAUAUUGACUUUCGGAUGGACAAUUCCAAUGUUCAAAAGAAGUUAUAACAAAGUGCUAAAUGCAAAUGAUGUAUUUGCACCGGUUGACGAGGAUCACUCCGAUAGACUGGGAGAUCGAUUGGAAAAGAAUUGGGAGAUGGAGAAAAAGAAAGAAAAACCAUCCCUAACACGAGCAUUAGUCAAAACAUUUUGGCGCCAGCUUAUUAUUUUGGGGUUUAUGAGCCUUUUUUCCAAUUGCGUAUGCCAACUUUCGUACGCAUUUAUAUUGAAAGGACUUUUAUCGUGCUUUCGUGGAAACUCUGUCGAAUCCAAUGAUGAUGCUUUAAAUUAUGGAAUUGGUUUUGUAAUUCUGACAGUUUUUUGUGGCGCCAGCUAUAUGCAUCUCUUUUUUUAUGACAAUGUUAGCGGUAUGAAAGUGCGCGUGGCAAUUUCUAGUCUUCUUUAUCGUAAGACUCUUCGAUUGGCACAAAAAGCUCUUACCAACACUUCACCUGGAAAGUUAGCCAAUUUACUUUCAAAUGAUCUUCAACGAUUUAAUCGUUUAUUAAUACAUCCGCUGUGGGUGGCUCCUGUAGCAACGAUUAUAGCCACGUAUAUUUUAUGGACGGAAAUUCGCUGGGCUGCCAUCUUUGGAAUUAUUGUUAUUUUCCUCUUGGUGCCCAUACAAAGUUACAGUGGAAAGUUGUUGGCCAAAUUUCGACUCGAAACUGCUUUGCGAACGGAUGAACGUGUUCGAUUCAUGGACGAAAUUGUGUCUGGUGUUCAAGUAAUAAAAAUGUUUGGAUGGCAGAGGCCUUUCGAGGGUCUAAUAGCAGCUGCGCGACGCAGUGAAUUAAAAUUGGUUAUAAAAAGUCUUUGUGUUAAUUCCUUAAAUCUAACUGUGUUCUUUUUCGUUAAUCGUCUCGCCCUAUUUUGCACCGUGCUAUCAUUUAUCUCUUUAUAUGGCAGUGAAAACAUGACCAUCGCCAAAAUGUUUGUGACAUCACAUCUAUUCCAUGUUAUUUCUCUUACAAUGUGUCGAUUUUUUUUUCAAAGCCUCUCUGAAUGUAGCGAGGCAUUUGUCACUAUUAAACGUUUACAGCGAUUUCUUGAAAAUGAAGAAAAGUGUGAAGUGAAAAGUGGACCAGAUCAUAUAAGUUCAGAUGAAUUAGAAUCACAAGAUCUGUCCAUUUUAAUGAAGAAUGUUACGGUCGAAUGGAGUGCUGCUGGAAUUCAAACCAAUUCUUCGAAAAAAGACAAAGACAAUGUUGAGAAAAAUGCAAGUGAAAGUGUACCGUUUAGACUUCAAGGGCUCAAUUUAGAAAUGGCAAAAGGGAAAUUGGUUUUUAUCGUUGGAUCGGUUGGAUCCGGUAAAUCGACGCUCAUGCAAGUUUUAUUAAGGGAAUUGCCUCUGAUCAAAGGCUCAAUGGGAAUUAAUGGUACGAUAUCAUAUGCGAGCCAAGUCAAUUGGACUUUUACAUCGACCAUUCGGCAAAAUAUCACUUUUGGACAAUCAAUAGAUCGUUCACGGUACGAUGAAGUCAUUAAAUGUGCUGCUUUGGCCAAAGACUUUAAGCAAUUCGGUAGCGGUGACAUGACAAUGGUGGGUGAAAAUGGAGCUGGUCUUUCGGGUGGCCAAAAAGCGAGAAUCAAUUUGGCUCGAGCAAUGUAUCGAAAGGCCGAUAUAUAUUUAAUCGAUGACCCACUGAGUGCUGUAGAUACCCAUGUGCAAUCACACCUUUUCAAUGAAUGUAUUGGACCGAAUGGAUAUUUGGCACGGAAAAAUUCCACACGAAUUUUGAUCACACACCAAUUGCAUUUCAUGAGCGAAGCAGACUGGAUUGUUGUUAUGAAAGAUGGAAAGAUUGAAAUACAGGGAGACUAUGAUUCAGUUUUGAAGAGUGGAGUCGAUUUUACCAGCAUGCUGACGCAUCAUAAAAACGAUGAAGAAGAAGCAGAUGAUAGAAAUGAAAUUGAAAAUAUUCGCAAGAAUUCGACAUUGUCGAAAGGAAAUUCAAAUGAGGAAGUGAAUAAUGUGGAAGAAGACUCAAAGAAUUUCGAUGAACAAACUGCGUUGACCAAAGACUUGGAAGAAUCAUCAAAAGGCAAAAUCAAAGGAUCUCUUCUUUUGAAUUACCUCAAGUCGUCAAACAUUCCGUGUGCUAUAGCAAUUUUAUUGACGCUAUUUCUGAUGUCACAAAUUAUUCUAAGCGUAGCCGAUAUUUGGGUAUCGCAUUGGAUUGGGAUUGAAGAGGAUCGAGCUUAUGAAAUAAAAUCUACUUCAGCGAGAAAUCUUACGUCUGUCGAUGUUGUAUCAGAUUUAUGGCCAACCGAAACAUACGUUUUAAUCUAUACCGGAAUAAUGCUUUUAUUGAUAGAUAUAUCUUCUUUAAGAGGAAUUAUAUUUUCUAUAGUUUGUACAAAAGCAUCACAAAAUUUACACGACAAUAUGUUUCACGGACUGAUAUCAACGAAAUUGAAAUUUUUCUAUGAAAAUGCAGUUGGACGCAUCAUGAAUAAUUUCACAAAAGAUCUAGGCGCAAUUGAUGAUGUUUUGCCAAAAACACUAUUGGAAGAAGUACAAAUGAUUUUGAUUAUCAGUGGGUCAAUAACAAUUACCAUAUUCACAGAUUUUCGGAUUUCAAUUGCUGUUAUUUUAAUGGGAGUAGUACUUGUUAUGGUUUGUAAUGCAUAUUUGAAAUGUUCGAAGAAUAUCAUGCAAUUAGAAGGAAAAACGAAAUCUCCCGUAUUCACGCACAUUUCGGCAACAUUAAACGGUCUAUCGGUUGUCAGGGCAUUUCAAGCUGAAGAAAUUUUGCGAGAUGAGUUCGAUCGUCAUCAAAAUCUGAAUACUGGCACAUAUUUCAUGUUUUGGGGGACAGCAAAUGCAUUUGGUUUAUCAGUAGAUGUGAUGAUAUAUCUUUUAUUUGGUGUUGUGGUUUACGUUGUCUUGGUAUUAAAAGAAGGAGUGACUGGUGAUCAGGUAGGUUUGGCAUUAAAUCAAGCAUCUUUCUUAAUUGGGACUUUACAAUUUGCAUUAAAAUUAGGCGCCAAUGUUACAAAUCAACUAACGUCCGUUGAGCGUAUAUUAGAAUAUAGUCAAUUGGAGCCAGAGACACAGCCAGAAGUUCCGCAAAAAGUAUCCUCAGACUGGCCAUCAAAAGGAAAAAUUGAAUUCAAACAAGUUUCAUAUCGAUAUUCGGCUGACGAUGAACCAGUUUUGCGUGGAUUAUCGUUCUCUGUGAAUCCCAAAGAGAAAGUCAGUGUCGUCGGUAGAACUGGAGCUGGAAAGUCCUCGCUGAUCAGUUCAAUUUUCCGAUUAGCAAUCGUCGAUGGCGACAUACUUUUGGACGAUGUCAACACCUCUUCGGUUGAUUUGAAUGUAUUGCGAUCGAGAAUAUCGAUUAUACCUCAGGAUCCAACUCUUUUCUCGGGCACUUUGCGAAGGAAUUUGGAUCCAUUCGAAGAGUAUUCAGAUGCUGACAUAUGGAGUGCACUUGACAAUGUUGAGCUGAAGGAAUUCGUGUCGAAGAAUAAUGGAUUGGAGAUGGCCGUUUUGGCUCAUGGACAGAAUUUCAGCACAGGCCAAAGACAAAUU